GUGCGAAUGAUGCCCGAACGCAACCCUAUCAAGCCAACGAAGGCGGCACAUUAUUCAGGGCACAGUAAGAAGAAGUCGACGCCUUUUCGAGGCAGCAAACCUCCGACUUUCGACAAAAGCAACCUCCCACACAAACGCAAGGGUCCUCCUCCCCACCAUGAGCAUCAUCCCGCUUCUUCGUCGUUCAAGAAGCCAAAGAAGGACGCGCCGGAAACCGUCAAACUGAACAAGGAACUGGCGCAGUAUGCCAGCCGGAAGCAACUCCCGGAAGCCCAGGCCACGUUCAACGACGCCGUGGCCAACCACUUGGCCAACUCGUACACUUAUGUCAACAUGAUGAAUGUGUGCGUGCGCUGCGGGGACUUGAGCCAAGCGACGUCGGUCUUUGACGCGAUGAAAGCCGCCAAGAUCUCCCCGGAUGUCGUCGCGUACACGACCCUUCUCAAGGGAUUGUGCGGCGAAGGGCGGCUAGAUGACGCCAUGAAGCAUGUGAAAGCCAUGGAAGCGGCCAAAGUACCGCUCAACGUACGCACAGUCAACACGCUGCUGCGCGGGUGCAUUCUCGUGGGCGAUGUCCGCACUGCCGAAGCCAUCUUCGAUGCCACGGUGGGCAAAUGGAGACUCGCGCCAGACGAUUCGACGUGGGAAUAUGUGAUAGCGCUGCUGUGUCGGAACCUACAGCUCAAGAAGGCCUUGUCCGUGUUUGGCCGUGGGUUGCUGGCAAACGGGUGCAACGUCGGCAGCAACGCAGCUACUCUACUCAACUUGGCCCGAGCUGCGACCUUACUAGGCGACAUCUCGACUGCACACAAGUACGUGGGUAUGACACUGCGCAAUUUGGCCGCGAAGAACCCCGAAACCCCGGAACCCCGAAACCCCGGCGGCAAGCGCGGGUGGCACGAAGCGUCGGAAAGCCGCCAAGAGUCCCUCGCCGUGUUCCUCCAGAUCAAACGUGACGAACUAGCUCGGGAACUCAGCGUCAUAUCCACCUACCUGGAGCAACUAUCUCAGCAAGCCAGCAACAAGUCGGACGAUGGCACCGCGAGGGAUGCCAUCUUGGACAUGUAUAAGAAGGUGCUGUUGAUUCCUCUCACUCCCAAGCGCGACCAAUCGCUGGCGGAAGCGCUGGCCGUCGGCGUUCUCGAUACCAUGGGCCUCCGCGCUGUACUGAAGAAGAACUUUCCCGAUAAAGUUGCGACCGUUCAAUUAAGUUUCGAACGCCGGUUAAGUUCGACGACCGACGUGGUGAAAUUGCGCAAAGUGUUUGGAAAAGACCGAGUCCAGGCGCUGCCCGUGAAGGUGGAGAUCUGCAGCGGCGCCGGGGAAUGGGUGGUUAACCAGGCCAAGAAGGACCAAGGGAAGGCGCUGUGGGUCGCCAUGGAGAUCCGACACGACCGAGUGUACCAGAUCUUCACGCAGGCCGUCUUCGACAACGUGACCAACCUGAGCAUCAUCGCCGGGGAUGCCGCCGUGGGUAUUCAGCGGCACAUGAAGCCAAACCAAGUGGAUUUCAUGUUUAUCAACCAACCGGAACCCCCCCAGCAGACGGGCAGCAUGAACACCCAAGCCAAGCAUCUCCUCACCGCGACAUUCCUCGACCAUGCCAUGCAACUCGUGAAACCCGACGGAAGACUCACCAUCGUGACCGACAACAAGUGGUACGCCCAGUUCCUGCUCAAGAUCGUGUGCAAGCUCAAGCAUGUGCACGGCGUCGCGUUGAAGAAGCGGCAGACGGUCGAGUCCCACGGAUCGUUCCACAUCUACAUGGGCCACCCGCCGAAAGAGUGCGGGGUCGCCGACGAACACGCGUCGUCCUACUUUGAUCGACUCGCCAAGCAAGACAGCAUCCGAGGUAGUCAAGGCACGUACUUUCUCUCGAUUGCCAAGCGAAUCGCUGCUUAAGAUAACCAAACCGUUCGAUCCAAAUUCCUCCAUCUUGUAACGGCAUGAUGCAGUCGAUUCCGUCAUCGUCUUAGGAAUGCAUGUCUGCGUCC